GCCACGGCCUUUGGCGGAUCCAGGUCAGGUAACCUCCCACGGCCCGGCGGCCGGGGCAGUCCCGCAGGGUCAGCCCCUCUGGGUCAGUCCCUGGCUCUGCUCCAGGGCCUGCGUGUGAGAACUCGUGUUCAGCCUCCCGCCCUCCCCGUGCGCCUCCGUGCCAGGAGUCCCGCGGGCGCGCAGGCUCCCGGUGCAGCAGAGGGAUGGCGAGGCUUCCGGCUAGGCCUGGGCGUGCGGGAAGAGAGGACGGAGCCUGGGGACAAGCUCCGUAGAGAGGAGAAGGUAGUUUUGAAUAGAAGAACAGAUGAGGGGCAUGGGAAAGAUGCAUAAAAUUGGAAUUGAUGCUGUGCUUGAUAAAUAAGACGAUGUGAGAUACAGUGCCCUUACAAUAGUGAAAAGCAGAUGUUACAUGUGUCUUGAGGUGUAAGACCAACUUUUCAGAAAGUUUUUUCUCUGAAGAAAUGGCCUCCAGCACUGGAAAUGGAAAGGGCGUGGAUCCUGUGCUCAGAAUAAGUCAACUUGAUGCUCUUGAACUAAACAAAGCCCUGGAACAACUCGUGUGGUCCCAGUUUACCAGCUGUUUUCAUGGAUUUAAACCAGGGGUGUUGGCUCACUUUGAACCAGAAGUAAAAGCAUUUUUAUGUCUUAUAUUAUGGAGAUUCACCAUCUAUUCCAAGAAUGCAACUGUGGGACAGGCUAUUCUGAAUAUUCAGUACAAGAAUAACUUAUCUCAGACAGAGAAAUACCAGCCUCUGAGCAAACACCAGAAGUUAUGGUAUCUUAUUUUCACUGUUGGUGGAAGAUGGUUGGAAGAAAGAUGUUAUGAUUUAUUUAGCAAUCGUCAACAACAGUCUUUCUCCAAAAUUAAGAGCUAUAUUAGCUUUGGAGCUGGACUUAUAAAACUUUGUGGACUUGUAAAUUUUCUGGUUUUUCUUCGGAAAGGAACAUUUGCAACACUUACAGAACGCAUUCUAGGAAUUAGGUCAGUUUUUUGCAAGCCUCAAAGUGUUCGUCAGGUAGGAUUUGAAUACAUGAACAGGGAGCUCUUGUGGCAUGGCUUUGCUGAAUUUCUGAUUUAUCUUCUGCCACUUAUUAAUGUACAGAAACUGAAACUUAAGAUUUCUUCUUGGUGUUUGCCUAUUGCAGGGCUUUCCAAUAGUGAAAACACAUUAGCAGACCACUGCAGGGAAUGUUCUCUGUGUGGGGAAUGGCCUACCAUGCCUCAUACCAUAGGCUGUCCACAUGUUUUUUGUUACUACUGUAUUAAAAGUAACUACUUAUUUGAUAUGUAUUUUACAUGUCCUAAAUGUGGCUCAGAGGUACACACUCUUCAACCACUGAAGUACAAAAUUGAAAUGACAGAAUUGCAUGUCUGAUAUGCAGUUGAUUUAGUUUUAUACAAUAUGUGAAAUGUAUUGAAGAGAAUAAUGGAAGAAUUCAGAGGCUAUUGGAAGCGUAAAGAUGGUUUUGGAGACUCUGUAGUUUUUCAUAACAUGUAUUUUUACUAUUAGGUUUUUUAUUAAGUUACAGUGCUGUAAUGCCCCAGUCUGCUUGGCAGGUUUAGGGAAAGGUGGUUGGAUUUACUCCAGGUGGUGCAUGGAAGAAACAACAAAAUUCUCAGGAGGUUCAAUAACAACCUUUACUUGCCAACUGUAGAACGUUCCGAUUGACUAAGACACUUGAGAGACUUAAAUUUGGCAAUCUUUAACUCAUCCAGACACAACAAGGCACUUAGCAAGGCAUCUACAGGAACCUUUUGGUCUGGCCUACGAUAUAUUUUGAGUAGAAGAAGGUAGGAGAAUAGAGAGGAAGGGUAGAUUAUCACCACUCUAGGAUGCAGUGUGGUCUCAGCAGCUUUUAAAUCCAGGGUAGUGGAGCAUGCCACAUGGCACACUGUCAGGGGGUGGGAGUGGAGGGCUUAGACAAAAUUUAUUGAAGAAACCCUGCUGUUGAGUCAUGAGGUGCGGAAAGUAUCCAACCUUAGCUUCAGAUUUUGUCAACGGUUUAAACUGAAGGAAUUUUAGUGGUGUGAUGGAACCACUUUUGUCCCGCAGGUUUAAUGACAGCAAACCAAGAAUGUUUUUGUGAAAUGAAUUGUUUAUUAUUACAUGUGAUCUGACAGAGAUCUUAACCAGAAUUAUUUACUACACAAUAUAAAUGUUAAAACUACCAGUAGUAUAGUAUAAAAUAGGACAGUGCUCUAUAUUGAAGCAAUUCUUGAAGCAAUUAUAUAAAGGCGGCAAAAAGAAAUAAUUAUUGAGUUGAGAUUUGAUGUAUCUCAGCCAUACCAAUGCUUGUGGGGAGAUCUCUUUCACUUAACUUCGAGGAAUAUCCUUGGGGGGCAUCCCCAGCCAGAGGGAAGAAUCUCUGCACAUAUACCCCAGGAAGAGUUAUGUUAGAAGAACCUGAAUCUAUGAAAGGGGACUGGACUUUUAUAGUAUAAAGCUAGUCACAAAUUUGCAGGCCAGCUACCAGCUUAUCUGUCACAUCCAAAUUCAAAAUGCAGGAUUUGUGUUUGGAAUGUGGUGAACCAGGCUGGCUUUAGCAUAAUUCAACACCAAAAACAUUACCGUGGCACCACUGGUAACUCAUCACAGAUAGCUUGUAUUGUUUGCAUUCUCUGAUCAGAUUCUGGGCUUUAUCAGGGUAGGCCGUCCUUCCACAUGUGUGUGUUGCUGUCCUUUUAUAUGUUCUGGUCUGCUGGGACCCUUCCCCAUGUGAGUUGAUGCUAAUUUCAGCACCAAAGUCUCAUGGGUGUAUUUGCACAGAUCCAAAGUAUUCCCAGUGGGUCCAUGCAGUCGACCGCCCCUGUUACCAUGUGGGCGGGUGACUGACUUCCCAAAUGCCAUGUGUUCUGCACACUGCAGUGUGAGAAGGCUCAAGGGGGCAGGGGGAGCAGUGCACAGCCAUUCCUCUGGUCUCUUACAAGUGCCAGCUUGGCUCUGAAGCAAAGAAAAUGAGUUCACCAGCUCUUCUACUCUCUCUCAGACUACUUGAUCCCACUUUGGUACCCCUGUGUUGUCAAGUAAUUUGUUUUUAGAUCUGGUCUUAUCAGCCUACCACUUCUUCACUGCAUGCUCUAUACUUCCUCAAGGACAGAGAAGACACCCAGUAAGCUCUUACCCAUUUUGUGGUUUUCUCAAGGUUGUUAUAAAAGUUUGUGCCAUUAUUAACUUAGCUAGUAGAUGGAUUCAGUGGGAAGUCACCCUUUUUGUGCCUAAAGAAUAAUUUUCAAUUUAUUUAAAAUUUGAAUUCCCGGUGUGAUGUUUCACUAAAAAAAAGGGGGAAGAUGUAAGAUGAAUUGUCAUUUCAGGAGAUUUUUUGAGUUUUCAUCAUGUUCAACUACCAUGACAGGAUACAACACUAACUCAAAAUUGUUUUCUUGUUAAUAGACCAUAAGUUUUGUGAUCCAGCUGGUAGAUAACUAGAUACCCCAUAGUUAACAUGUACCUACAGGAGAUAGGUGCAAAUACACCUUCAAGAGAUGACUGAACUGGUUUCCUCAGGCAGCUAUGUCUCUGAUCUUCAGUGACAUAUAUAUGACCUACCACUUCCCUACAAAUCUGAGGGAUGAAGUCCAUCAUCCAUUGGAAUGUAGCAGCUGCCAAAGGUAACUUGCACUCUUCUGAGUCUGAGACACUGGAGAAAACUGUUUACUCACAACCUGCUGUCUGUGGGAAUUGACACACUUCUCUUGCUUGGUGUGGUCAAGGUGGAUGCCAAAUAUAACAGUUCACCUCCACACAGAAAAGUUCAAACACAGUUAUGUGCAUGUUAACACAUUAAAAUAGGUAGCUUUCCUGCUCUUUGCUUUCACUAUUUGAUUUCUUAGCUGCCUUUGCAAUGGUGUUACUGUUCUUCUACAUUUAUUCUUCAACCUGGUUUUAUAAGAUUAUUUUUUUGUAGUCCUUUUUUAACAGGAAGUCUUACCCAGAAGAGUCUCAUUAACACAAAAAUACAUUGCAUCCUCUUUUGACUCUUAUAUUUUCAAAAACUUAUACAGAUGAAUUGAGUAAAUAGCUUUAUGGUGGCUGUGUUCUUGAUUGGCUAUCAUCAAUAGUCAGUCCCAAAUAUACUAUGGUAACAGCUAAUCCAAUAUCUUUGAUCUACUUUUAUGAAAUGAUUUAUUACAUUCUUCAUUCUACAUUCUGAUUAAAACAACCCACCAGCCUAUUUGUUUGAAGAUCUUAAAUUCUAGGUUUUGAUCUUUAGAGUGACACACUUCGCUUUCAUCUGAUGCAAUUAAAUAUAGUUUGCGAGUUUGUAACUAUCUUUGGGCAUCCCAAAACUUCAUUAAUUCUGCUACUGUUCUAUGCAUCAUCAGACACUUCAGAGCAUUUGCUACCACGUACUGUGCCGCAAUGUUAUUUGCCAUCAAAUGUGUAUUUUAGCAGCCUGCCAUAUUUCUGUUAUUUGCUGCUGCAAUUAGAAACAGCAGGUGCAAAUCUGUCUUUAUGAGAAGAAUCAAAACUGUCAAGACAGUAGGGACGUAUCCCAGAGUCACUUCCUGAUCCUAGAAACGUUUUGUAUGAAUUGUCCCUCCACAUCACUUAAUACCUUUUCCCAAAGAAAUGUAUUAACAGCCCUGACUUUGCAGUGGUCUGAGUGUCUCCAGAAAGCAUCAUCAGCAUUUCUGCUACCUCUGUCUUUAACUAUCCUUAUUAAUUAACAUUUUUAUGCAUCCAAAAUCCAGUGUUUGUAGCUUAGAAUCAUAGUAGACCUUUGUUUGUUGUGGACUCUGUUUACUCUGAAGUUGAAGUCACGGUGUAAUAUUUUGUCAAAGGAGCACUCUGUUAGGUGUCAUGUCCUUCUUAGGUAGGAGUUAUCUUCCUUCCUAUUUAGAAACGCUUCAUUUUUCUGAAUAUUUAAAAAAUGUUAUCUUCCUUUUUCAUUUCACCUUUCUCUGUCCUGCUGUUUGAUUUUCCUAAGCUGUAUGAAUUUCCUGAGGUUUGUUUUGUCUCUUGCAGCUUCAUGCAGGUAAAAUGUAUAGUUUUUCAUCCCUGUUACACUGUCAGUACAAAACCUGUUUCCAACAGUUCAGUACCUCUUUUGUACAGCUGGUUUUUGCCAGCUGUGCUAUAUUCUAUUUGACCUUACUGUUUUUCUUCUGUAAGUGAACUUUUGAUACUUAACUUCUGAUGACUUACUAUACCAAAGCACUGGCCUGCUAACGUAGCACCUCUUCAUCACUGUGUUGGAUCGGUAGCCCGUAGAAUUGAUCAAGUUUGUAAAGUCUGUUUCUUGUGUCAUCACCAAGCAGUUUGUGUUACCAUAAGAUCCUAGAUCUUAAGGUGGGGGUUUAGUUCUUUUAUUUUCCAUGGAUGUAAGCAGAUAGCAGGCAUCUCACAGUAGUAGAAGGUUUGGGAAGAGAGCAGUUCUUUCAGUCAGAUAAAGAAUUACUUAAUUUUUUUUUAAUCUACUAUGUGGUGAAACCUUUGUUCAGUUUAGUCACAGCUGAGAUUGACGAGACCAAGGUUCCAAUUUACAUAUUGAAAAGCUACCUGCAGCAGCUUAGGUUUUUAGGACUUCAAAAUCAAUAUUCAGCAUCUUCCUUUUAGCACUUUAAAAUUAAAUAUUUACCUUUUUUUUAUAUUGUAAUUCUGUUUUGUUGUAUCUUGUGAUAUAUAAGCUGCAGAAAAGGCCUACUUGAAGAUAUUACAGGGAAAAAAAUCAGAUAAUUUGUAGACUAAUCAAAGGAUAAUUAGUUUUACAUACUACUACAUCUGGUAAUGCUUCCUGCAGUAGAGGGAAUAAAAUUUAUUUUGGAAUGUUAAUCUCUAAAUAAAAGGGUUUUAGUGUUCAGCAACCAUGAGAAUGUACUUCUGAGUAGUCAUCAAUGAAAAGGAUAAAUGCCUAGAAUUUAAGGAAGCUAAAGGACCAGAACUUUUAUUCAGUCUUGGAUAGGAGUUACAGCCUUGUAUUACCAGUUUUCUUUGUGCUCUGUUGUUUGCCUUCAUUUUAAUGGUAUCAAAAAUAAAAAAAUUAAGUGGUUACUGAAACUGAUUGAUUAUAUUAUAAACAUACUUGAAAAUUUUUCACAUCUUCAUUUGAAUGAGAAUUACCAGUUGCCACAGUGUGAUUCAGGAGGCAUUCAGCUGAAAGGAGUCAGAGAAUGCUAAUUCCUUGCUUGCACAAGCCACCGUGACUCCAUCGACUCUAUAUGCUUUAAGAGAGGUUUUAUUUAAGUAAUGUUAUAGAAGACCUAAAAGCAAGAUUUUCUGUAAAAAUAUUCUGUAAAAAAAAUGAGAAGGAUACUAUCUGAUUUCUUCAUUACCUGGAAAUAUUUCGUUUUUCCACGAAUGAUGGGCAAGGAUGAUCUCAACAUUAGUAAGGAUGUGAAGAAAAAUAAUAGAUAUAUAUUUCCUAAAAAUCUAAUGAAUGUCUUCAUUUGAGACUACUACUACAAUUGUUAUCUGGGAUGUAUCAUUCGUAUGAAAUCCGAGUUGACAAAUAAAUUAUACUUUUUGACAGGA